GGGACCUGCAGGAGAACCCGGCAGAGAUGGUGAACCUGGAAAAGCUGGCGGUCCGGUAAAAUAACUUAAUACCCAGUGAAAGAUUUUGAUUGACGUUUGUCAAGAAUAAAUGUCGGGCAUAUAUUUUUCUUCCCUUUCGCUAAAAGGGAGAGAGGAGAGGCCCCGAUGUUCCCUUUUAGUGUUUUAGUGCAAGCCAGGUAGACCUAAUAUUUAGGUUAGAGAUUUCCAUCCACAAAAACACAUAUCGAAUUGUGUUCUUUUGAGCGAUAAUGAUGAAUAAUAAUUGAUACGACCAAAAUUUUGUAUAAUUUUUCCUUACCCUUACUUGGAAUCACCGUAAUAUAUAUGAUUCCAACACAAAAUCCUAAAAAUACUGAUUUUCGCUCGACGCUCUAAUAUUUCCGUGAUUUCCUCAGAGUUUCCUUUCCGCGGGUUUAGAUUUCCUGGCGCGAGAAAGGAAAGGAGGGACUGCAGACAACACAGUCAAGAAAUGAAACCGCGUUGCCCACACAACGAAAAAUUCCCAUUGGUCGAAAUCGAUACGCCUGUCAAUCAAAUCUGAUAUGUAGUAAUUAUGCUAUAAUUAAUUUCCAGAGUGAAUGUUGAUUUUAUACAGGGUGUGUCAAAAUAAAAGUAAUCGAACGUCAGCGCGCUUUUGUCUCUGAAUUACUGCGUAUGGACGAGAUUUUUUCAUCUUCGGAAAGAUCAGGCUUUUAGCUGUUGAAUGAUAUGUUCUUCAUGCCAGAUGGAUAAAAAAUAAGCAAGUACGAGUCUGAUAAAAAAUGCUAGUCAGAUCGCAUAUUUUCACCGUUGUAAUAUGCGAUUCUGACUAACAUUUUUUAUCGGACUCGUACUUGCUUAUUUUUUCUCCAUUUGGCAUGAAAACAUGUCAUUCAACAGCUAAAAGCCUCAUCUUUUCGAAUAUGAAAACAAAAUGUUCAUACGCCGAGUAAUUCAGGUACAAUAGCGCGCUGAAGUUCGAUUACCUUUUUGGAUACACCCUGUAAAUAAACAUGACAUUAACGGUUUCCUAUUGGAUAGAUUUAAUUGGAUAUAGUAAUGUUUAUGCAAAGGCGGAGCCAAUUUGACAAGAGCGAAAAGUGGGCGUAUUUCGUUUCUUGCUACCACUCGCGGUCUACUCAGAGUUGUUUUCAUUCUUAAUAAAUACAUUGGCUACUCCUCGAAAACACUUCGAAUACUGUAAAUACCUAAAUAUUCCACUGCACGUAACCUUACGGAUACACUUUAAGGAAUAUGAUUUAACGAUUUCUUGAGACUCUCCCAUCACGUAUGCGUGAAAUUUGAAAUUGUUCCUCAAUCAGACGCAAUAUCACAUGCGCAAACCAAGUGCACCACAGGCGCGCGAAGAUAUAUUACUUUUGAAUAAAUACCAUUGUAUAUAAACGGAUAAUCUUUGGUAAUUUUCUAGGGUGAUGCUGGUGAGCCUGGCGAUGAAGGUAUUGCAGGUGUCCAAGGUCGACAGGUAAUGUAAUAACAUUUAAAGGUUCUAGUGUCACAUCUUGGAAUCGCGGGGUUUUGUCGUUCUUCUUACCAUACCCAAAAUUAACAAAUAACAUUUAAAAUGCCCUGUUUCGUAUCAGAUGAAAUAAUAGAAGAUUCUCAAGUGAUUAUUUAAAUAUUUGUUAAUAAUAAAUGUUUCCGGAUGUAUUGAUCUACUCGGCCCAUAAAAUACCCUGGGUGCCAGAUCCUCUUGUGAUAGACGCAAGGACCCGACGAGGCUCUGGUCACACGAGCAUCCAGCCUCACUUUUGUGAGUUCAAUAUUUGAACUUUGUUUGUGAUUGGUCUAAAUUUAUAAGGAUCUUUUUAUUCGUUAACCGAUUCGCGUUGGUUAACCAAUAAUAAGAUAAAAAGACCCUUAUAAAUUUAGACCAAUCACAAACAAAGUUCAAAUAUUGAACUCGCCAAAGUGUGGCUGGAUGCUCGUGUGACCAGAGGCUCAUCGUCGUGUCCUCACUUCUAUCAGAAGAGGCUCUCAUCUGGCACCCAGAGUACCCAUAAAAUGGCCCCGGCAGGAAUAUAAGCCAUCAUGAUGCAUAAUGGUGUGACACUAAUCCUUCAAAGGGAAUUUUUUUCUAUGCCACGUAUUUGCGACAAAAUGACCAACAAUUGAACAGCUACAAUCUUUGUGGCGUACCUUCCAAUUUGUUUUAGCUUUAUUUUCUAGCUUAUACAUUUGGCCACCAUUUAAAAUACAUAUGCCAUUGAGAAACACAUAUAGUAAUACAAAAAGUCCCUCAGUAUUUUCGCAAAAACUUCAGUAAAAUAAUGCAUCCAAAGUGGCUCAAUUUUGAGUAUAUUACUCACAUUUAUGAGCGAAUAUACUCAAUUUUUGAGUGAAGGUUCAAAUUCACUCCCUUUUUUUAAAAUAAAAUCAACUUUAGAUUUAGAACUCAAGAUUUUGUUUUAUUUUUUGUACAGGGUGGACCAGGACAAGUUGGUCCCCAAGGUUCUCAAGGACCUCCCGGAAGAGAUGGUCGACCUGGCGAACCAGUACGUACCUAGCAAUAUUGGUUUGGUUUAAUGCGUUGGACGCAGGGCGGUUGGGAGGCCCGUCGAUAAUUUCCUCGUCCAGGAUUGUAUUUCAUUUCAUACUUUCUUUCUAAUUCUUUCUUUCUAAUUCUUUCUUUCUAAUUCUUUCUUCCUAAUUAUUUAUUUAUUUAUUUCUAAUGUUUUCUUUCUUUCUUUCUUUCUUGCACAAGAAAUUACAAUCAAUUUAUUCCAUAAUAUUUUGUUACAUCGAUACUGUGUAGAUAUCAAUAGGAACAAAACUAAUUCAUUCAUGCAUGCUUGUGACUGCAUUCCUACUGUACGAAUGUUAUUUCUAAACUUCGGGAACGAGGUUUUAAAAAGUUAUAAAGUGCAUUACAAAAUCUCGAAUAUGUAAUGAUAAAAAUUCCUUUCAGAAAACACGGAAAAUGCUCUUUUACUAUUUUCUUUUCUGUUGCUUCGAACGUUUUGAAUACUAAAAUUCAAUACUUAAUAGUAUGUACAUGAUAAAUUUAUUUUUUAAUUUCUUGUUCUUUUUCUGUAGGGUCCUAUUGGACCAUCUGGACCAUCUGGCCCUCCAGUAAGUAUAAUUUUGUAUAUGGAAAUUGCAAAUUUAGAAAUGGACCAUCAUCAGAGCUCACCUAGUUCCACAACUAUUCAUAUCUGCAUCGAUAUGGAACGGCUCUCAUAUAUAAUAACUCACUCACAUGCAUACCAGUCAUUUUGCAUCUUGAAAGAUCGGUCAUGAUAUAGCUGAUCUAAGGAGUUACUUCUCGAUUUAAGUUUAACUGCAUCACAUGUACGUUCACUCAUCCGGCUAACUAUCCAGUGGUCUGAUGAUGAUUCUGUUAUAGGCUCGAAAUAUGACCAUUACAUUUACGUGUUGUUUUAGUCCACGUUUUGAUUUUCAAGUCGUUUUUUGCUUUUCGUUUUAUACUUUAUUUCAAUGAUAUUUGCUCGUCUUGUGGGUAAGAUUCGUCUUUCAAAAACGAUACAUGACGUACACCCUAAGUGUCGUUUGGGGCAUUUAUAUUUGCACAGCAGCCUUCCUGCACGAAAUUCCGAACGAAAUUCAAAAACAAUUGAAUUGUGUAAAAUUAAAGUGCUGCUUGAUCAUGUUUCUCGGCCAAACGACCAAAUUGUAUUAUCACAAUGUAACCCUCAGGAUUGCAGUAAUGUGUGUUACGCAUAUAAACUCUUUAUUAUAUUAUUGUAUUUCCCGGUCAAUUUCUGUCCCAACAAUGCUUAGGAGGUUUCUCUUGACUCCUUCAAUGCAAAUACUAAAGUGGUGGAAUGAUUGAUGGCCCAGGGAUAAGUGCAUUGUGAUAGUUUUUGACAUGAUAUGAUGACAGAUUAAGGAGUUAUCGUUGCUAAUUUUCUUUUCUUUGAUUUCAGGGACCUCCUGGACAAAACCUCGUGGUAAGUUGUAUAUUUGAUAAUACCUAUAUUAUCUCUAUGGCAGCCGUGCAGUUAGGGAGUCUCUCCCCUAUUCACUUGCGCUAGACCAGGGCAUAGCAAACUCGAUACAUCCUUGGGUAAAGUAUAAUAGUUGGAUUUUUUUCAAAGUUAAGCCUCAAAAUGGAUUAUGUUGAAAUAAUGAUCGGGAGAAUGCGAGCUAGGGUUGCUGCAUGCAUGUAAUUCUGGAUUAGUUAUUAUUUAACUGUUCGCUGAAGGUUUUGCCGUUGGAGUAGUGUCUAGUUUGAUAUUUUUGCAAUAGUUUAUAACGUAACCUGUCUUCUUUUAUAUCAGAUCUUCAGUGACGCAAGAAAGGGACCAAGAUAUUACCGAGGAACCGACCCGGAGGUACAUAUAGUACAGUGAUAUUUGAAGUUCAUUCGUUACGGCAACGCACUUUGAAGCUGGUAUUAAAUCUGGAUGCAUCUCAGAUCACCUCUUUAUGUUCAUGUCAAAUUUUAAGCGAAUAAGCAUUUGAACUACGUGUACAUGCUGGUACAUUGCUGCAAUUGCUGUAUAUGAUUUCGUUCUCUUAGGAGGAGGAUAAGGAAGAUGAAGUUCCAAAUGACCUGGUUGGUUACGUACACGAUCGAUACGCGAAGAAAUUGAAACCACCUGGCACACGACUCUUCCCUGCCAGAAGUUGUGGUGACUUAUUCUACGACCAUCCUGACUUAGAGAGCGGUAAGUGUCACUCCAACGGACACCGCAUGAUUCUAACGGUAUUUGCGUUUUUGAUUCUCUUCAUUGUUUAAAUGUGGACGAAAUUUAUGUCGAAGCGUAGUGUCAAACUUUAUAUUUCAGAUUAUUAAACAAUGUAUAUGCGGUAAUAUUUCUACCAAAACGCUGUGGGUUAGAUUUUUACUACUGGGGUAAUUGGUGAUACACCAUUCGCCUACCCGAGAGCAAGGUUGGAUUCUUAGCUUGCGGUACAGGAAUGGAUCCAGCUCUGGUAGGGGUAGUGUGCUCGUCCAGCUUUGGUCGUGGUUCAGAGGGCGACCGUCAAAAGUGAGAUAGUAACGUGACCAUGACUACUGUCUCUGUUCUAUUUUUGUUUUGUAAUAUUGCAUUUCCAAUUGGCAGCCCCUCCCCCCCCCCCAAUUGUACCACCGCACCCUCCUUGCAGCCUUCUUUGCUAAGAUUAGGAGAGGUGCACAUCCCGCAUCAUCCACCAGUAAAUCCAUUCCUGGCGCAAUACGCCGUUAUCUGAUUGUAAGUUCGCUUAAGUCGCAUAUGACAUGAGUGAGUCCUUCCAACAGCUGAAUGCACGAUCUCGUUUUAUUGCAUUCUUCUUGAUUGUUGAACAAUUGCUCAUUUAUGUUAUCUUCUUAACUAGGUUACUACUGGAUUGAACCUUUCAUUUUGAGCAGUAAGAACGCCUUCAUAGCCAAAUGUGAUUUCAAGCAGAAACACACAUGUGUCUAUCCAAUAGAAAACAGACCGGUAAGGUUUCACUGAAUGUGUCCUUUCAUACGAGGAUAUCCUCAGUAAAGUCAAUUUGAACUUGAAACAGGAUUCGUACUUCCCCUGAAAAUCCUGGAAAACCCUGGAUUUUUAUUGCCGUCGUACAAACUUUGAAAUUCCUGGAAUUUUAAAGUGGGGCAUGAAAAACCCUGGAAAACUAAACUCGUCAUGUUAGAUUAUUUAAAAUGUUGAAUGCUCUGUUUUAAGUACGAUUGAUUACAAGACUUUCUUGCUCACAGCAUAUGGAUCUUGUCCAAUAGUGAUAUUGCUAGAUAGUGAUAUUUAUAGUGAAGAACAUUUUCGUAUCACGUGAACACCUCUAUGACUGCCCUACCGAGCUUGCAUGACAAUGACUCUAAUCGCCAUCGACAGAAACUCUAAUACCAAUCCUCCACAUAUGACAAUAGGUCGCGUGACAACAAGUGUUACAGCGAGCUUUAUAUCUGAUUUGCUCGCCCAGAUAACUUAUUUUUUUUACUAUAUUCUCCUUUAGUUCACACAUAUGUUCAACUACAUACAACUUAUGAAGCUGACAUUGUUAAGCAGGCGCGUAGAACAGACCAUCACAUAUCAUUGCAAGAACUCACAAGCAUGGAAUGAACAAACGAAGAAGUCCGUAGAAUUAAUUGGAUAUGACGCAGAAACGAUUAACAUGGCAAGCCCAAUGUUCUAUAGACCAAAAGUACUAGAAAACGGAUGCAAUGUAAGUAUGCAGUUAAUAGUACUUGUUUAUGUCCCACUUUCUCAAAUAUGUUAUACUCGGUUAUAACUACGUUAGGAAUUUAGUAAACUUGGUUUUGAGUCGACACCUAUCAUUUUGUUAGCUAUUCAGUUUUUUUGAAAGAUGAAUUCAGAAAUUUUUAGUUACUUGAGAAAAGGGACGGUGAGCAUAAAUGCCAAGAAAUGUUCGCAGACCAAGAAGGUCUUUCCCAUUGGGUGUUGCAAAGCAUUUAUUACUGGCUUAUAUUCUCAAACGGACUUAAAGUGAAAUUCAAGGUGAUCACAUGGUAUCUAGAUUUCCUUUGUGCUAUGUUAAUGAAUAAUGCCUUUGAGAAGAGCAGAUAAAAUCCAAUAUAGAUAAAAUUCACGGGGAAUCGUAAAUUAAAAAUCGCAUUGUACGAUCAAACAGAGCGGUUUAUAGGACGUAGCAACAGUAACUACGCAAUGUCCGAGCUAUCAAUCAGCGAAUCUACCAUUUACCUCUCUAAGCUCUACCAUUUACCUCUCUGAUGAGGCUUCAUUUCUGGUAUACAGGUGCCUGAUUAUACAGUAACGUCGCCUCGGUCUAAUUUGAAAACUAAGUUGGUUUGCAAAGUAUAGUAGAGUAUAAUCUUCAAUUGUGCUUUGGCAACUCGCAAAAUGCGAUGAUUACAUUCAGCGAUAUAACAUAGUUUCCUGAUUCCAUCAUUGUUUAACUACAUGCAUCAUUUUAUUUCUUCCAGAAUAUGGAUGGCGAAUGGCAUCAAACUAAACUAGCAAUCACAACGAAACGAAGACUGCGACUUCCUAUCACGGGUGCUAUUCCUAUUGACAAGGAAACCGGUGAAUACUAUAUUGAAGAGGGCCCGGUAUGCUUUCAUCACUAACUAAUCUCGGGCCGAGAGUUCCGCGAUAUUAAAGACGGGAAUUAGAUAAAAUGGACAACAUUUGAAAGCUAUUUUGUAAAGUUCACUAUUUCCAACGGAGCGAAAACCCUAAAAUUUUUAGGAUAGAAAAUAAAUGAAGUUAUAACCAAUUGUUUUUGCCAUUCCGUUUGAAUGGGUCAUAGUUAUUUUGUUAUUAUAAUGUAGUCAUUGUUUGAUCAUAAAUAUGUAUUUUAUAUUAUGGUGUCCUUUGUAUUGCUGGCAUAUAUUUCCCUGCUUGUUACGUACACAGUCAGCGCAUGUAUUACAAAUCAGUGUUCUUCUUUAGCAUUAUAGAAUUGUCUAAAUUAUACCAUGAAUAAAAUACUUAUAA